GGGAACCAGUAGUUUCCUGAACAAAUGAUUCCGGCCGACGCUAUUUUGCGUGAGGACACAGAAAUUCAAAUUCGUGCUUUAACAACCACGAGUUUUGUAUUUUUCUCUGCUUUAUCGCGGAAACAACAAUGGCUGUACCGGGUCCUAAUAAGGACAACAUCAGAGCUGGGUGCAAGAAAUGUGGAUAUCCCGGACAUUUAACGUUUGAGUGCCGAAAUUUUGUACGAGUUGACCCCCAGAAAGACAUUGUUCUGGAUGUAAGCAGCACCAGCACCGAGGAGAGUGAAGACGAUGCACCUGCAGCUCAGCGCAAUGAGAAGCUAGGACGAGGUGGACAGCAUCGCAAAGGUUCCCAUGAUGAUGACAAUGGCGAUAGAAAAAAGAGACAAAAACGGAAGAAGAGCAAAGACAGAAAGUCAAGAAAAAGAUCUGACUCAUCAUCAAGAGAUGAGGAGACUCCAAAAAAGAAGAAGAAGCGCAACAGGUCACACUCAUCAUCUGACGAAGAAGAGAGGAGGAAGAAAAAGAAACUAAAAAGCCACAAGAAGAAAUCUAAAAAAAACAAAAAGGAGCACAGCAAGCAUCACAAAAAAAGACAAAAGGAAAAGGAAUCAUCUUCCUCUUCCAGCUCCGGUGAAUCCUCAGAAAGUGACUGAACCAACUAACUUUGCAGCUUCUGGAUGUCCAAUAUAUUUAUUUUCCAGUUUAUGAAAAGUGUGGUUUGCUGACAGUGUUUAAAAAGGCACCUCAUAUUAUUCCAUACACGUUUCCAUUAUGAAGACAAGGACGUAAAUGGUUUGCUACUUAAAAAAACAAUGCAGAGUAGUGUACACUGCAGAUGACAGUGCUUUGUGAUGACACCAAGUGGUACCUUCUUGUAAACGUAAAAAACAAAAACUAUGUAUUUGCAUUUCUUUGAAGAAUUCUAAAAAACAACCAAAGGCUAGGGAACAGGCUUUGAUUUCAUUUUCUUUGCGUUUCUGGAGCCAUUGUAUUUUACAUUUGACAUCAUUUGCUAGGUGCACAGGAACCGUGACACAUGAUUUACGUUAUCGUCACGAAGCCCACUCUUGUCUUGUCAUACAUACAACAAAACAUUAGUGGCACAGAAAAGUCUGAAUACUUUUGGUGUUACAGAGUUCUAUUCUAGGUUUUUAGGUGGUGGUGUUGCUUUAUUUGUCUUUCUAUACUUUUUUGCUACCAUGCUUCUUUUUAAAAUUUUACCAAAACCAUUUUAAUUGGUCACGUGUCAAACAUAAUUCAACUCUAAUAAUAGCAAUAAAGGUCACAGGGACAUUUCUGGCUAAAAUACUGGCCAGUAUUAGUAGUUAGCCCAUUUCUUAUCAAUCUCGACAGUAGUUUACCUUAAAAGUUGGUAACCAUUUAAGCAGUAUAGAAUGGCUUAAAUGUUCAAAUUUCAUAGGACAGAGAAACUCAUGGAUGUUCCUGUUAGAAUAAUGUUCUUUCCACAUCUUGCUAAAAACUGUCUGGACAUUUGAGGAACCCAUUCCAAAACGUUUAUAAAUGUCGACUGUGGCAGGUGUCAUUACCUGAGCCUCUAUAUACAGCUUUGUUAUUUCCAGUUCAGCAUUUUGGUUCUUCCUCUGUAAUAAAAAUAUAUAUUUGUAUCAAACUGUCAUUCUCUUCAGUUUGUGAAAUACUUUCUAUUCACAUCAGUACAAGAUGUGACAUGACUAAAUAUGACUUUUGAUCAGAAAAGUAUACCAACUUGUACAUGACAGGAAAGCAGAUGCAGUACAGUCUUGUUUCAAGUAGAGGGCAGCAACAUGCCUGAAAUGUGUGAAAACCUCACUGAAUAGUCAUGGGAUGAAGGACGAUGAGCUCAAAAAUGUUUUUAUAGUUGGUUGCAAGAAAAAUUGUCUCAAGCAAUUUCACUCUCCUCCACUGGUGGCUCUGUUAUGCUGUCGAGGGCCUGUUGCUGCCAUUGUUGGGGUUCACUUGUCCUAUAAGUGAGUAGGGGCACUGCAAAUCAGUGCAAAAUUCUGAGUGAUCUGCUUUACCCUUUUAAUUAAACAUCUCUAUCCUGA